ACAGUUUGUUGUGAACCAAUCAAGAUGAAGGCAGCAAUAAUUUUGGCACUAAUCGGUACAGUUUUGACGGCUCCGCCAGUCAGGGUGAUGCCGAAACCAGGCAGUGAGCUUGAUCAGUACGCUCACAUAUUUGCAAAGGUACGACCACCGGGCCAGAAGCACCAGAACAUGGAGAUUGAAUUCCAGCCACAGCACCACAACUCUCUGCCGAGCAACCAGGUCAAUGCGGAAAUCAAUCAUGUGGAGCCCAAGCAGCCUCAGUACAUGGAACAAAGUUCUUCUCAGGUCGAGUCGAGACCUCCUCACACCGUGGACUUUGAGAUCAAGCCGGUGGAGCAGAAGCCACCCCAGCGAUUGGAGUUUGAGGUGAAGCCGCAGCACGAGCAAAACUCUCCUCAGGGACAUUUGGUUUCUUUGGGCGUCAAGCCCGUGGAGCAGAAGCCACCUCAGCACUUGGAGGUGGAGAUUAAGCAGCAGCAGCAACAACAUUCUUCGCAAAAUCAUCAGGUGGAACUGGAAAUCAAGCAGGUGGAACAGAAGCCUCCACAGCACUUGGAAAUUGAGAUCAAGCCUGUUGACCAGAAGCCACCGCACCGUGUGGAGCUUGAAGUCCAACAGCAGCAUCACCAAAACUCUGCCCAGGGACACUUGGUUUCUUUGGGAGCAGUGGAACAGAAGCAACAACACAUCGAUCAUGAGCUGAAGAAUUCCCAUAAAAUCGAGCUAGAAUUUGUUUAGGAGAAUGAGCUUAUGGUAUUCCAACUGCAGAAGCAACAUUUCUACCUGAAUCUGCACCAAUAGAGCAGCGGGCCACAAAAUGUAUCCGUUAAACAAAGUGCAUUAAAUAUGUAUAAUUACAAAGCGAGCGUUUUCACUGACCAGUCCUCCCAAGGUGCUUGUAAAAUGAGAAAUAAAUAAAAAUGGUCUAGAGCAGCGAGGACAA